AUGAAUUUCUAUCUAAAUUAAUUUUUGAUAUGGGACUUUUAUGAUAAAUGGGAAGGCUCGGCAUGGGCAGAUAACUUGACUUAGUAUAACCAGAUGGAUCUAGAAUAAUACACAAACCCCAACAUAUAUUGGAAGUCUCAAUUCGACUUUUCUUCUAGAAAAACCAACUUGAUCUUUGAUGAAGUAAACUGCAUUGUUAUACUUCAAGAUUAAUAGAAAAAUAAUAAGAGUGAGGAUUUGGAAAUGGGAUGAAUACUAGAGAUAAAAGAGAAUUUAAAUUUUGUUUAAUUAUCCAAAAGUGAUAAAAUAGAUAAUUGAGAAUUAGGAAGAAUUUUUGGAUUCCAAUUCCAGAAGUUUUCAAAUUUACAUUCUUGAGUUUAUAGGCGAUACAAGUGAUGGUAGAAUUUUAACAGAAAAGUAUAAAGUAAUAGGAUAUAAUUACAUUAAAUGA